GAGCGACUGGAAGUCGAAUGUCCGUCCAGCGGCGUUUUCAAAGUGCGACAGGAAGCGGAGGAAGGAGAACGCUCCAUCCCGGGCAUUACUGGUGGAAAAAGGAAAAUGUGGCUCAAUUGUUUUGGAUUCUUCGACACUCUUGGCACAACAUCCUGCCGUCUAUCGCAGCUUUCCUGUCUUUAAGUUCACCGCGGUGCUUUUGCGACGGCUCCUCCUUCCUGUCCUUUUUCCCCUCCCCGCCUCCCUCCUCCCUCGGACCGGGAUGAAUGGUGGUGGGGGGGAGGAAAAAAAAAAAAGGAGAGACAACAGAGUUUUAAUCACUCGCGCGCUUCAGUGGUGUUGGCGAGCCGACUUCCACGCGCAGCGGCACCCCCAGCAAACAAAACAGCAGAAAGUGGACUCGUGGUUCUGGACCCCGUCCAGGCCGGAGAAUGCGGUGGUUCCGCGAGAGCUGAGGCAAACGGUCAGCAUGAUCUCCCACUACCCGCUGGCUACCAUCUUACCCUGGCCGCCGGUGACCGGCCACCACUCCCCCGACCUGGACUGCACGCUGCUGCUGGAGGGCGACGGAGGGGUGGCCCUGCAGAGGUACCAGGCUCGCUCCCAGGAGGGAAGCCCCCGACACUGGAGCUCCGUGCAGGACUGGGGGGAGGAAGUGGAGGAAGGAGCCAUCUACAACGUGACGCUCAAGCGGGUUCAGAUUCAACAGGCGGCCAACAAGGGCGCCAGGUGGCUGGGGGCGGAGGGCGACCGCUUGCCUCCCGGCCACACGGUGAGCCAGCUGGAGACCUGCAAGAUCCGAAGCAUCCGCGCCGGGACUCUGGAGCGUCUGGUGGAGACGCUGCUGACGGCGUUCGGCGACAACGACCUCACUUACACGUCCAUCUUCCUGUCCACCUACCGAGCCUUCGCCAGCACGCAGACGGUGCUGCAGCUGCUGCUUGACAGAUAUGGAAGUGCGGAUGAAAAUGAGCCAAGUGCCAAAAAAAGCCAAGUGUCUGAAACCAACGGAGCCAUCAGAAAUGCCUUAGCCUCUAUCCUGCGCGCCUGGCUGGACCAGUGUCCCGAAGACUUCCAGGAGCCUCCGGACUACCCCUGCCUACGCAGGCUGAUGGACUACCUCCGCAGGGCCCUGCCUGGCUCCGAGGCCUUGCGACGGGCCGAGGGGCUGCUGGAGCAGCUGCAGGGCCAGGCCGGCGUGGACGAACCUGACGCCGGGUUCCAUGGCAAUAGUUCCUACUGCCUGGGCGAGGAGGAUGAAGUGGACAUGGACGUUCAGGAGGACUUCCUGUCGUUUCAGUCCGACCUGGUGGCCGAGCAGCUGACCUACAUGGACGCACUGCUGUUCAAAAAAGUCGUGCCGCACCACUGCCUGGGCUCCGUCUGGUCCCAGAGGGACAAGAAGCAAAACAAGCACAGCGCCCCCAGCGUCCGCGCCACCAUCACGCAGUUCAACGCCGUGGCGGCCUGCGUGGUCAGCACCGUGCUCAAGCACCGACAGAUACGGCCGCACGUCCGAGCGCGGGUCAUUCAGCGCUGGAUCGAGAUCGCUCAGGAGUGUCGCAUCCGUAAAAAUUUCUCCUCCCUGCGAGCCAUCGUGUCAGCUUUGCAGUCCAACCCGCUGUACAGGUUGAAGCGAGCGUGGAAUUGCGUCCACAAGGACAGCACGCAGACCUUUGAGGAGCUGUCGGACAUCUUCUCCGAUCACAACAACUACCUGACCAGCAGAGAGCUGCUUAUGAGGGAAGGUACUUCAAAGUUUGCCAGUCUGGAGAGUUGUGCCAAGGAGCAUCAGAAGCGCACCCACAAGCGACUUCAGCUGCAGAAGGAAAUGGGAGCUAUGCAGGGAACCAUACCUUACCUGGGGACCUUUCUGACCGACCUGACCAUGCUCGACACAGCACUUCCUGACCUCGUCGAGGGCGGUCUCAUCAACUUCGAGAAGCGCCGGAGGGAGUUCGAGGUGAUCGCGCAGAUCAAGCUGCUGCAGUCGGCCUGUAACAGCUACUGCCUGACUCCGGAUCAGGCGUUCCUGCGCUGGUUCAAGAACCAGACUCAGCUCAGCGAGGAGGAAAGUUACGCCCUGUCGUGUGAAAUCGAAGGCCUGGGCGAGAGCAGCCCGGCGUCACCCAAGCCCCGAAAAAGCAUGGUGAAGAGGCUCAGCCUGCUGUUCCUGGGCGCCGACAGCAGCGCGUCCAGCUCUCCGGCGCGGGAGACGCCGCGCUCGCCCCCGACCGGCAGCUCGGGGGAGAGCAUGGACUCGGUCAGCGUGUCGUCCAGCGACUCCAGCAGCCCCUCGGAAUGCGAGGGCCUCACCCCCACCCACGGCGCCGACCCCCAGCAGAACAAGGUCUGCGGACGUCUUCAGCUCUCCGAAUCGUCGUCUUGCACUUCGCUGCAUUCCAUGGACACGGGCUCGUCCAACACCAGCGUUUCCAUGACGCCCGCCUCCCCCCCUCCCCCGCUCCCGGGACCCCCGUGCGCCCACCGGCGCUCCGUGUCCCUCACGCCCAUGUCGCCCUCGUCGCCCGGCCAGACGCCGGCGUACAACACGCAGGCCCAGGACGCCUGCAUCGUCAGAGUCAGCCUGGAGAACGGCAACGGCAACCUCUACAAGAGCAUCCUGCUGACGAGUCAAGACAAGACGAGGGCGGUGAUCUCCCGAGCCAUGGCCAAGCACAACCUGGAGCAGGAGCCCGAGGACGGCUACGAGCUGGUCCAGGUCAUCUCGGACGACCGAGAGUUGAUCAUCCCGGACAACGCCAACGUCUUCUACGCCAUGAACACGUCGGCCAACUUCGACUUCCUGCUGCGUGAGCGCGGCGGCGGUGGCGGUGGCGCCGUUCCGGUCCAGAUGCGGGUGCGCUGCAGCUCCACGUUGCCCCGAACGCACCACCAGCGCUCCAGCCUGUCUCUCAGACUCAGCAAAGUCACACUGUGAACGCAACACUACUCUGCAAGACAAAAUGGACGCCCACAAUGAGGACGGAAACACCCCUCCCCCCGCCAAAAAAAAACAUUUGGUCAUAACACUUCCGAAUCGUAAAUUUCACUUCAAUUCCAUUUUUUUCCACGAGGAGGACUGUGGCCAAAUUAAAAUGGCGACUUAAAUGCUGUGACCGGUGACGUCUGCCAAGUGUCAGAAAAGAGGAAGCAGCGACCCCCGGUGGCUCUCCGGCCUUACUACACUUGGGAUUUGCACACAAAAAAAGAAAAAAAAAAACAAGGGAGCCUGUCCGAAGCUCUUCAGUGCCAACAACAGUAUUCUCUUAUCAUUGUUAUUGUUAUUAAUAAUAUUAUUAAUAUAGAUAAACCCCGGGUUUAUGUGAGAAAGUGUGUGUGUCUGUGUGCGUGUGAGAGCAAUUCAAUGUUUGUUUGUUGUGUUUGAGAGAGAUCGCGAGCCGCGUGACGGAUGCCCGUCGUGCAUUCUGAUUGGCUCAUCGAAAUAUUGCCAUCAAACAAGCUCGGCCCGAGACGCGGAAAUGGCAGUCUUGCUUUUGUUUUGUAUAACUUUUGGGGAUUUUUGUGUCAGGAAUUCAGGAGGAGAAAAUGGAGAGAGAGGACCAAAAAAAUAAAAUAAAAUAAAAAUGGGAUGCAGGGCGCAUCGCAAGCUGGGCUGGAAAUAAUAAAUCAAAUAUUUGAAAAGUCAUGGUGAGGCCUGCGUAUUAAGAAAUGUCAAGCAAAAAUAAAUAAA